GCAGCUGGGACUGCAGCGGCGCGGGGCCCCGAAGAACCGCAGGCAGCGGCCGGAGCGCGCAGCCCGACGCCGCGGGCACCCGGAGAGGCAGCCCCGGUGCCCGGACGCCUUCCUCGGCCCCGCAGCGCACCGCGGUCCCCCGGCGAAGGAGUCGCUGCGUGAGCGCCCCCUCGGCCCGCUCAGGACCAGCUCCCUGGACUAAGGACCAAAAACACCUCUGGGCUUUGAAGUCUCCCACCUCCGUCCCCAGCCAUGAGCCGGCGCGUGGUUCGGCAGAGUAAGUUCCGCCAUGUGUUUGGGCAGGCAGCAAAGGCCGACCAGGCCUACGAAGACAUACGUGUGUCCAAGGUCACGUGGGACAGCUCCUUCUGUGCCGUCAACCCCAAGUUCCUGGCCAUUAUCGUGGAGGCUGGAGGUGGGGGUGCCUUCAUUGUGCUGCCCCUGGCCAAGACAGGACGAGUGGAUAAGAACUACCCACUGGUCACUGGGCACACUGCUCCUGUGCUGGACAUCGAUUGGUGCCCACACAAUGACAACGUCAUUGCCAGUGCCUCAGAUGACACCACCAUCAUGGUGUGGCAGAUCCCAGACUACACCCCGGUGCGCAACAUCACGGAACCUGUUAUCACGCUGGAGGGCCACUCCAAGCGCGUGGGCAUUCUGUCCUGGCACCCUACAGCCAGGAAUGUCCUGCUCAGCGCAGGUGGUGACAACGUGAUCAUCAUCUGGAAUGUGGGCACGGGCGAGGUGCUCCUGAGCCUGGACGACAUGCACCCCGACGUCAUCCACAGCGUGUGCUGGAACAGCAACGGCAGCCUCCUAGCCACCACCUGCAAGGACAAGACCCUGCGCAUCAUCGACCCGCGGAAGGGCCAAGUGGUGGCGGAGCGAGCCCGGCCUCACGAGGGCGCCCGCCCGCUGCGGGCCGUCUUCACCGCAGACGGCAAGUUGCUCAGCACCGGCUUCAGCAGGAUGAGUGAGCGGCAACUCGCGUUGUGGGACCCGGAGAGGUUUGCGGCCCACGAGGGGAUGAGGCCCAUGCGGGCCGUCUUCACGCGCCAGGGCCAUAUCUUCACCACGGGCUUCACCCGCAUGAGCCAGCGAGAGCUGGGCCUGUGGGACCCGAACAACUUCGAAGAGCCCGUGGCACUACAGGAGAUGGACACAAGCAACGGGGUCCUCCUGCCGUUCUACGAUCCUGACUCCAGCAUCGUCUACCUGUGUGGCAAGGGCGACAGCAGCAUUCGCUACUUUGAGAUUACGGAGGAGCCACCUUUUGUGCACUACCUGAACACGUUCAGCAGCAAAGAGCCGCAGCGAGGCAUGGGUUUCAUGCCCAAGCGGGGCCUGGACGUCAGCAAGUGCGAGAUUGCCAGGUUCUACAAGCUGCAUGAGAGAAAAUGCGAACCCAUCAUCAUGACAGUGCCCCGCAAGUCAGACCUGUUCCAAGAUGAUCUCUAUCCGGACACCCCGGGCCCGGAGCCGGCGCUGGAAGCAGACGAAUGGCUGUCAGGCCAGGACGCGGAGCCCGUGCUCAUUUCGCUAAGGGAUGGCUACGUGCCUCCCAAGCACCGCGAGCUCAGGGUCAGCAAGCGCAACAUCCUGGACGUGCGCCCGCCCGCCGGCCCCCGCCGCAGCCAGUCGGCCAGUGACACCCCCUUGGCGCAGCAGCACACUCUGGAGACGCUGCUGGAGGAGAUCAAGGCCCUCCGUGAGCGGGUGCAGGCACAGGAGCAGCGCAUCACGGCGCUGGAGAACAUGCUGUGCGAGCUGGUGGACGGCACGGACUAGCCCCGCGCCCGCCCUGGACUCCAAAGCCUGCCUCCUUUAGCUGGGGCCGGGGUGGGCGGAACACCGCCUCCCUGGCGGGAUGGAGGCGAGCAACCUCCACGUCUGACUUGCUCUGGGCUGCACAUUUGGUCCGGGACUCGCGAGAGCUGGCCUAGGCUGCCCAUGGGUCACGGGGCCUCACCAAUGGUGCUGCAGGGCGCGGUGGUAUCCCCCUUUGGUGUCACGUGCAGAAAGCCAGGAAAGUGUUUAGUAUUAGCGCUACGCUUGGGAGAUUUGGGGGAGCUUGGGCCUGACCUCAAAGGGAGUGGCAGUUCAUCAGGUUCCCCGCCCCUUCAGACUGGGCAGAGUUACAGGGCUUUGCCUCAUCAGCUCCUUUGAUCCUCACAACUAAAUGAGUGGUUACCCGGACAGGGGCACCCCAGUUCUGCGUACGCAGACACAACCUGUGAUUUGUGGAUGCUACACCCCAGGGGCUGUCCCAGGGGGUUCUCUUCCGAUCCGUUGGCAGUGGAAUGGGCAAUCCCUGCCAAAGAACUCUCUGGAGAACUGGCAAGGGUGAGCAGGUUCACCCCCGAAGUAUGCCCCGGCUCUCUGCUUUGGCCUUGACUAUCAGAACAAGACCUACUGAAUGAAGUCCAUGGCUAAGUGUUCACUUGGGCCUCCGCAUGGGGGUGGGGAGGAAGGAUGGGCUGAGAGCCAUAGCUCCUGCCAGUGUCUUGGGGGCACUUGGCACAUGGGAUCCUGCCCUGCCCUCACAGUCCCUUAUACCCGGAGCCCUUCCCCACUUCCCCCACCCCCGGCACACAGCAGGUGCUGCCUCCCCAGUAAAGCCCCCAGAAAAGCA